AUGAUCGUCGAAAAUUCAAAACUAUACACAUCCAUAGAAAUUGUGAUGGCUAAUGCCGAUAGCACUGCCUACCCCGUUGAAUCUCUCAACUCCUCAGAACUAACAGGUGUAUCUUCGCAUAAGCGGGGGCUUAAAUUUGGCGUUCCAGCUCUGCUAAUGCGAAAUCUUGAUGCACAAAGAAUGUGCAACGGCAUCAAGCUUCGUAUCAGAGAGUUUGGCAGUAAUAUUAUAAAAGCUGCCAUUAUUACAGGGGCUGAUAAAGGAGACAGCGUUUUAAUUAACAGCAUACCUGUUAUUCCAAACAACUUGCCAUUUUGUUUCAAGAGGUUGCAAUUUCCAUUAAAAUUGGCUUUUACAAUGGCGAUCAACAAAUCCCAGGGCCAAACCAGGGCCCUAAUAACCUAA